UUUUUGCUACUGCAUCCUUUUCAUUUUUUUAAAUUGAAGUAGUAUUGUGCCUACCUCUAAUGCACAAUUAUAGUUUAUAGAAAGGGGGGGAGGGAAGAGCUAGGGCUAAAGGCAUUGAUUAAGUAACACCUAAUUUCAUUGAUUAAUUACCACCUAAAUGCAUUGAUUAAAGUUAGACAUCACCUAAACAAAAAUAGAAGGCACAAAGAUCCCCUAAUUACAAACUAAAACCAAGCAUCCUAUCGACCCAAAAAAAAAGAAAAAGGCAAGCAUCCUUGAAAAAGAAAACAAUAUAAAAUGACAAAGACAACAUUGACUCAGUCGAACCAGUUCCCCAUACCGGUGUUGCCCCUCUUUUUUUAUCCAUGAUCAUUAUCCAUGAUCAAUUUUUGUCAAAAGUCAACGCCAAAAUCUCCGAGCACAAAUCUUUGCCCAUAAUCCAGACCAGAGACUCCGAAUCCCCUUCCGGGUCUCACUCUUCUCCCCCAAUCCUCAAAUGGGUCGGAGGCAAAACGACCCAGAAGCCACCCAUUGCUCUCCUCUCGUCCUCCUCUUGGUGGGUUUGGCUUCCUGUGCUCUGGUCUACGCUGCCCUCUGUGUAGUGCUUAAACCCAAUGAAGCCUCUUCAUUUUCCGAGCUUGAGUCCCUGGAAUUGGUGGAGGAGGGUGGAGGUGUUGGGGUGGAGGGAGAGAGUGGAGCAUGUUGCAGAGGGACUGAGAAUUUGGAGCUCUGGGGGGCUGCUGUGAAGUGGGGUUCAGAGUUUAAGUUCAAUUCUUCUGAGCAGUGUUGCAAGGCAUGUAAAGCCAUGUGUACUGGGACUGAUGGGCCUUGUUUGUGUGAUAGCUGGGUUUUCUGUGGGAACAAGGAGGCAUGUGGCUCAAAAUUUGGUGAGUGCUGGCUGAAGAAACAGAAAGAUACAUUGGCUCCUGAGCGGCAGGAAGUAGGGGAAACAGUUAGUUGGACUUCUGGACUCAUCUUUGGGAGAGGAGAGGGCAUUGUUGGCUUGGAAACAAAGUAUGGAACUCUUCAUAUAAAACUUUUGCCUGACUGUGCCCCUCAUUCUGUAGCCUACAUUCUUGAGUUGUUGGCAUUGCGCCAUUGUGCAGGCUGCCAGUUUUAUCGUGCAGAGAGACGUGGGUCAUCAUGGGAUUCAGAAGGAAACCACAUAAAAAAUGCUCCUUUUGGUCCUCCUUUUGCACUGGUUCAAGGAACACUUGAUGCCCAAGGAGUGAUAUUUAAGAAGAUUCCAACUGAGGUUUGCCCAACCAUAAGAAGGGGUUCGGUUGCGUGGAUUGGUUCUGGCCCGGAAUUUUUUAUAAGCCUUGCAAACCACGAAGAGUGGAAAAAAGAAUACACCGUCUUUGCUUCUGUUCUUCCAGAAGACAUGAACAUCGCUGAGAAAAUUGCUCAACUUCCCACCACAGCUGAUGUUUGGAACAGUAUCAAUGUAUCUGUCUUGGAAAAGCCUGUUCCCUUGUUCUUGCGAAGGAUGAAGACAAGUCAUGGAGAUCUCACCGCAAACAUGAAAUCAAAUUAAAAGAAUCUAUGUAUACGACGAAAUUGAUCCCUUCAUGCGGUUUUCUGUCCUUAAUCUGAGUUAAAUUUGCAUUGCUCUCAUGGAGCAAGAACACAUCAAUGGGGCCAUAGAGAAAGUUUGUGAUUUAAUGUAACUAACUUCAUUCACAUAUCAGAUCAAAUACCAGGCAAGGGAAUAUUUGUCCAAGUUUAUGUCAUUUGAUUAUGGCAAAUGGUGAGUAGUAGGUUUCUGUUUAUGUAGCCUUGGGGAGCAGGCGGAAAGGAAGAGGAUCCUCUCUCUUGUUUGUUUAUCUUUCCCUCGUAUUCUCUUAUUUUCUCAAAAUUCGAAUCUGAAUGUUUCACUUCAUUUAAACAAAA